CUGACCCUAGAAGACGCCACGGACAUGGCCAACGUCGUCGUGUCCGGCAAGGUGGUCAAGCUGAAGGCCGACCGCGAGCACUCCACCCGGGACAACCAGAUGUACAUCGGGGAGAUCGAGAUCAAGCGGGUGUUCAAGGGGGGGGCCGUGGUGGAUUCGGUGGCCACCGUCAACCACGGCAUCCUCAGGGACUACCAGAUCGUGACGGUGGAAGGGUUCGGCGACCCGGGGAUCUGCGACAACAAGGUCAGCGAGAGGGACACGAAGAUCUUCCUGCUCAACCCGGCCGGCAACGGGGACUUAAAGCUGAAUUCGUCCAUCAUGCCCUUGACCCUGAGGAAUUUGGAUUAUGUGGACGCCGUCGUGAACGGUAAGAAUAAGAUCCUUAGAGAAAUAACUACCUGA